AUGCGGCGUGUCGACACGAUUUGCUCCCAUAUGGGGCAUCGGCGUUACUGCCACUUGGAGCGCUUCGACGACGCUGCUGUCUUGAUCCUUCACCAUGAACUCCACAACGCCCUCACGGUGUAUAUGCGGGCAGCCAUACAUCACUACUUUUGUGAAGCAGAGGCGGACCCUGCAAUUCACCGCAUUAUUAUUACGGGUGAAGGGAAUGCCUUUUCAUGCGGGAUUGACGUAACAGACUUUAGGGCCUCAGCAUCUGAGGUGUAUUACGAUGGUGGUGCCAUUCCAAGCCUCUCGAUGCUAACAAACUUGGUGGAGAACAGUUCAAAGGUUGUGGUGGCAGCUAUUAACGGUCUCGCCCUCUCUGGGGGACUGGAACUAGCACUCGCGGCACACUACCGCGUCGCCUCACCGACGUCAGUGUUUUCAUUUCCAGAGGUGGAGCUCGGCAUUGUGCCUUGCGGCGGGGGAACACAACGGCUGCCACGCCUCAUUGGCGUUCGGGUCGCGAUUGCCAUGAUCACCAUGUUUACGGAGAUGAGUGCCAGUGAGGCACGGGAAGCGGGCCUCGUAGAUCAUGUGACAACGUGCGCCAUGAAACAUGACAGUGGCGGAUCCGCCGGCAGUGGCGCCUUCGGCAAGCAUGGGGCACAUUUUCCUUGGAGAAACGAUUCGGUGGUGGCAGCGGCGCUUCAACUUUCUUCAGAUUGGAAAACUCCACGGCGUCUGUCAUGUGAUAACAGAAGACUUGGUAACAUUCUGGUUAACCGCGCACUAUUUCUUUGGACGAAGCGCGAGCUGAGCAAGCGUGUCCCUAAGGGCGUUCAGGCACCGAUGCGAUGCUUAGAAGCCAUUUGGGCGGCUACAACUACGGCCUCUUUUUCAGAGGGAUUACAGGUGGAGCAGAGACUCUUUUUGGAGUCCUUGGAGUCUCCUGAAGCAUAUGCCAUGCAACACCUUCUGCGCUCAUCGAGUGCUGCCUUUCGUGGCAGCCUUGCAUCACUUCCGCACGGUAUAGCAGAUAGAGCAAAUAUUCGUCGCUCUGCCGUUAUUGGAUGUGGCACGAUUGGCACAGGCAUCACGCUUCUUAUGCUACAGAGUCAAAUUCCAGUAACUGUGGUGGAGGUGAACGAGGAGCAAUGUCGCCGGGUUCGUCUUUUCGUGCAGGACCAAUUGGACCGCGAUGUGAGGAAGGAGCGUCUGACACCUGACUUGCGUGAGCAGCGUCUAUCCAUGUUGUCCGUGGUUCCCUACGAUACGGAUCUUGUAAAGGCAUUGCAAGAUGUGGACAUUGUGGUGGAGUGCGUCGGUGAGGAUAUUGCGUUAAAGAAACGCGUCUUUGCCUGUCUGAGUGAUGUUUGCCAACCGCACUGCAUUAUUGCAACAAGUGCCUCUGCAAUCAGUACUGAGGAACUGGCAGCGGUGACGCGUCGACCUGAAAAGGUCAUUGGCAUGCACUUUAUCCCUCCUUCACACAUUACACCUCUAUUGGAAAUUGUGCAGGGGCCGCGUACAGACCAGGUGACCAUUCUGCAGGCAAUGCACAUGGGCCAUUUGUUUCGUAAGGCUGUCGUUUUAACGAAGGACACUGGAGCGUGCCUAACUACCCGCCUUCUAUAUGCGGGUCUCUAUCAGGCAUUUGCCAUGCUUGAGGAAGGUGCCUUCCCUCUUGAGGUUGACCGCGCGCUGCAGCGUUUUGGCUUUCGUUUGGGUGUCUUUGCCCUUGAGGACCUCGCGGGACUCGACUUUACGGCGCGAAUCCGUACUGCACUGCAGAAGCAACGUAAAACUCCCUCCACACAAGCAGAUGUGUACACCAUACCGCGCUUGUUAGCGGCUACGGGUCGGCUUGGACAAAAAAGAGGGCUUGGUUGGUACAACUACGAGCAUACCUCUUUGCUCAGUUCCAUUCUCUCCACUUUGCAGGGUGCGAGGAGCACGGAAGAUGAAAAGGGUGUGACCCAAAUGGGAGUAUGGCAUAGAGGUGGUGCUCCACUUGAGCGGGUGCCGCGCCCUGACCGGGCAGUGGAGUUAUUAAUCCUCGAUGUCUGCAUGAAAAAAGAUAUCUCGCGUCGGGAUAUUAGCGAGAAGGAAAUCGUGGAGCGUAUAUUGUUUUCAAUCAUCAAUGAGGCCGCUAAGCUUCUUGGCGAGGGUGCUGUUGCAAGCUCCGCAGACGUGGAUGUGGCAAUGACAUUCGGAUACGGCUUCCCAGCGUGGAAGGGCGGCGUUUGUUAUUAUGCUGACAAAUUGGGCCUGCCCAACAUCGUGCACCGCAUGCGCAUUUACAAUCGCGCCUUUGGCGAUGCCGUCUUUCCGCUACCCUGCGAUGUGUUGGGUGCCAUGGUGGCUUCGCAGCAAAACUUCGGUUCCAUGUGGCAGUAA